AUGACAAAAUCAGAUAAAAUCCGCUACUUUGGCAGCCAAAACUACGAGAAACUCCAAAAGAUCUGUGUGAAGAAGAAACAACCGUUCGUCGACACUCUCUUCCCACCAACCAAUCAAUCCCUCUUUUUGGAACAAGGAAGAAGUUCGGAUAUCGUCUGGAAGCGACCUGCUGAGCUACAUCCGGAUCCGCAUCUCUUUGUGGAAGGCGCCUCGCCAAAUGAUGUGACGCAAGGAAUCCUCGGAAACUGUUGGUUUGUGUCAGCCUGCUCUGCACUCACACAUAAUCUCAAACUUCUUGCUCAAGUCAUUCCGAAUGCAGAUGAUCAGGAGUGGUCUCCGAAACACGCCUACGCUGGAAUCUUCAGAUUCAGAUUCUGGAGAUUUGGAAAAUGGGUUGAAGUGGUUAUCGAUGACUUGUUGCCAACGAGAGACGGCAAACUUCUGUUCGCCCGAUCGAAAACUCCCAACGAAUUCUGGUCUGCUCUACUCGAAAAAGCGUUUGCCAAGUUAUACGGAUGCUAUGAGAAUCUGGUCGGCGGACACCUUUCAGAUGCACUUCAAGAUGUUUCCGGUGGUGUUGCAGAGACGUUACAUGUUAGGAAGUUCUUGAAAGAUGACCCAACCGACCACGAUCUGAAACUAUUCAACGAUUUGAAAACUGCUUUUGACAAAGGAGCUCUGAUAGUUGCUGCGAUUGCCGCGAGAACAAAAGAAGAAAUUGAGGAGUCACUGGAUUGUGGACUAGUCAAAGGACAUGCAUAUGCAGUUAGUGCGGUGUGCACAAUUGAUGUCAGUAAUCCGACGCAGCGAAGUUUGACAUCAUAUCUGCUCGGCUCGAAACAGAAGCAAAACCUGAUCCGCCUCCAGAAUCCGUGGGGAGAAAAAGAGUGGAACGGUGCGUGGUCAGAUGAUAGCUCCGAAUGGCAGAAUGUGUCGGAUAGUCAGCUAUCAGCAAUGGGUGUGGAACGUGGCAAUUCUGAUAACAAUGACGGAGACUUCUGGAUGCCAUGGGAAUCAUUUGUCCAAUACUUCACCGAUAUCUCGUUAUGUCAAUUAUUCAACACAAGUGUCUUCUCAUUCACAAAAAGUUAUGACGAACAAAUUGUAUUUUCUGAAUGGACAACAAAUGGAAAGAAGAGUGGAGCACCGGAUGAUCGAGCCGGUGGAUGUCUGAACUUCCAGGCGACAUUCUGUAACAAUCCCCAAUAUAUUUUUGAUAUUCCAUCACCCAACUGUUCUGUAAUGUUCGCAUUGACACAAAACGAUCCGAGUGAAGGACUCAAGAAGAGGGAACCGUUCGUAACGAUUGGAAUGCACGUGAUGAAAGUUGAAAAUAAUCGACAGUACCGUGUACACCAGGCGAUGCAUCCAAUAGCCACGUCGGAUUAUGCAUCCGGGCGGUCUGUCUAUUUGCAUCUGCAAAGUUUGCCACGUGGAAGAUAUCUGUUGGUGCCGACAACGUUUGCGCCGAAGGAGCAGGCGUUGUUCAUGUUGAGAAUCUAUUCAGAUGAACACAUUCAUUUCUCGCCGUUAACCAAGCACGCCCCGAAACUCGGGCUGUUCGGAUGUAAAUCCGCUCACAGUGUGACACGUCUGACGAUCCACGGAGUGAAUUUCAACUCACAAUCCACUGGAACUCAUCAUGUUUAUGCGAUAUUGAAGGACUCGAAUAAGUCUUUUCGGACGAAAAGUUUGAGUGGAGUGAAGUCGAUCGAGUGGGAAGAGGAAUUCCUUUUUCAUAAAUCAAAAGACCGUCAACAAUACAAACUGGAAAUCUGGGAGGAUCGAAAAAUGGCUCGCGACCAUCUCAUGGCUCAAUCCGUCAUAAUUGCUCUAAUCGAUAACGAGAAUCGUGAUACAACACUCGAGUUAACAGAUCCACGUGGCACAAUCAUUGGUAGCGUAUCGAUUACUGUAUCCGCAUUCGAUGAUCCUAUGUACCUUUAA